AUGCGCAGCAACCUGUGGGACGUGGUGGUGGCGUUUGACCUGGCGCGCACGGGGUUCCGCCGCAUCCAGCUCAACUUUCUCUACGCGUACGGGUACAACGCCCUGGCUAUCCCCAUCGCUGCCGGCGCCCUCUGGCCGCUCACGCACGCGCUCAUGCCGCCCUGGGUGGCGGCGCUCGCGAUGGCGCUCAGCAGCGUCAGCGUCGUGUCUUCCUCUUUGGCACUGCGCCUGUACCGGCCCCCAAAGAUGCCGACGGCUUGA